ACCGCGCUCUCCCGGCUCCUCUCGAUGGACGACGAGCUAGCCGCCUUCCAGGCGGAGCUCUCCCAGAUGGGCGGCUCGUCCAAGCCAUCGGACGCCGCCGCCGCUGCCGGCCCAAAGGCGCCAAAGGUGAUCUCGUCUUUGCCGGUCCGGUCGAUGCGGGUGAGCGGAGACUACGUGCAGCCGCCGGCCCCGACGUACGAGCCGGCCGGCCCGUCCGGCGGCCGGCACGUCGACUACGACCAGUUUGCGCAGGCCGAGCUCGAGCUCCGCAAUGCGCCGCCGCCGACCGCGUUCGGAGCGCCGGGAGAGCGCCCGCCUCCGCCGCCCGGGUUUGACCCGCGGAGGAGGUACGAGCACCUGAACAAGCCGCCCGAGAUGGUGGCACCGGUGGAGAUGGACCCGUCCCAGUGGACCCACACCGCGCCCGUCGCGCCGCCCAAGCCAGUCAAGGCCAACGCGGAGACGUCGACGAAGCGGUUUUGCGCGGGCAAGUCCUGGGAGGACCCGACGCUGGCGGAGUGGCCAGACGACGACUUUCGCAUCUUCGUCGGCGACCUAGGCAACGAGACCAACGACGACGUCCUCGCCCACGCCUUUGGCGCCUACCCCUCCUUCCAAAAGGCGAGGGUGGUUCGCAACAAGGGGACGCAAAAGUCGCUCGGCUACGGCUUCGUGUCCUUCAAGGACCCCUGGGACAUGACCAAGGCGCUGCGCGAGAUGCACGGAAAGUACAUUGGCAACCGGCCCGUCAAGGUGCGCAAGAGCACCUGGGCCGAGCGCAGCCAGGAGCAGUCAAGCACCAAACAGCAGUGGGUGCACGCGAUGGCAGUCAACGACAAGAAGGAGCGGAGCAAACUCAAGACGACCAAGGGCAAGCAGCGGCCGCACGUGCACAAGAGGCAGAAGAACAUGCCCUGGUGACUGCGACCGGCGUCGCGCUCCUCGCAGUGUGUGGGGAGAGAGGGUCGCGGAGUCCAGACUCCAGCGUGUCCAGCGCUCGGCUCUCUGUAGCUUGCCAGGCUCUCCAGCCACGUCCACCACCGGUCGCCGCGCGCACGCGCCCCGCCCUCCACACGCGCCGCGCUCUCGCAGUGCGCUCGCGCCGCAACGCUCCAGCGCACACGACUGCGUGGGUGCUGCUCCUGGGUCGUGGGUGCACCAACAAAUGCAAAAACGCCGCACACUGGCAGCUGGCACCCCUUAUUUACUGUGUUUCUACCUC